AGAUCUCGGGAUUCUUCCACAGGAGAGAGGUGUUUUGUGUGUGGUAUGAAGUUAUGUGAUUCCAGAACAAAAGAGAGCAGAGGAGGGGCAAUCCGACACAGAGAGAGAAAAGACAGAGGGCUUCCUGGUGUGACGACCCCGCAGAGGCAGAACUCUUCAUCCAAGAACUGGACUUUAUUUGUUUUCACCCAAAAAGUCUGGAAAGAUGACCUGACAUAUCUACAGAAUUAAGUUGACAAUUCCAAUCAAGUUUUGUAAUAACAUGGACACUUCUACUCUACUCGACUGCUUCUGCUGAAGAAGGCUAAAUAGAAAAGCUAAAUAUAAAGAACAGAACAGAAAGAUUCGGCAGCACCAAACAUCACACAGUCUUUCCCUCAAGAGAAGAGAGAGGGAGAGAGUAAAGGAGCAGGUUCUCGGAGUCGGAGAGGUUCUCCUCUCCAGCAGAAGGAGUGAAAAUGCUUCGCUACCUAAUUAAAACUCUGCUCCAGAUGAACCUGUUCACAGACAGCAUGAGGGAUCCUUCUAACAGCAGCGACCUGCUCUUCAACAGCUCUCUGCCCUCCUUCAACACCUCCUUCCUGGAAUGGGGCAACUUCACCAGCUUCAACGGGUCCCGUACCAGGCUGGAGGACGCCCCCCCGCGGGUGGUGGAGCACCCCUCUGACCUCAUCGUGUCCAAGGGCGAGCCGGCCACGCUGAACUGCAAGGCGGAGGGGCGCCCGUCCCCGAUGGUGGAGUGGUACAAGGACGGGGAGCGCGUGGAGACGGACCGCGAGGACCCUCGCUCUCACCGCAUGCUGCUGCCCAGCGGCUCCCUCUUCUUCCUGCGCAUCGUCCACGGGCGCCGCAGCAAGCCUGACGAGGGCGUGUAUGUGUGCGUGGCUCGCAACUACCUGGGGGAGGCGGUCAGCCGCAACGCCUCGCUGGAAGUCGCAAGUAAGUUCGGUGAGCGGUGCUCGGAGAGCGGUGCUCAUGCCAGCCAGCUCAGAGCUGAGCCGCUGGCACUCCAGAUAAGAGCCGGCCACAGGGACCAGGCUGGGACAGGGACCAGGCUGGGACAGGGACCAGGCUGGGACAGGGACCAGGCUGGGACAGGGACCAGGCUGGGUCAGGGACCAGGCUGGGACAGGGACCAGGCUGGGUCAGGGACCAGGCUGGGACAGGGACCAGGCUGGGACAGGGACCAGGCUGGGACAGGGACCAGGCUGGGACAGGGACCAGGCUGGGACAGGGACCAGGCUGGGACAGGGACCAGGCUGGGACAGGGACCAGGCUGGGUCAGGGACCAGGCUGGGACAGGGACCAGGCUGGGACAGGGACCAGGUUGGGACAGGGACCAGGCUGGGACAGGGACCAGGCUGGGACAGGGACCAGGCUGGGACAGGGACCAGGCUGGGACAGGGACCAGGCUGGGACAGGGACCAGGCUGGGACAGGGACCAGGCUGGGACAGGGACCAGGCCAGCCUCAGGGGGCAGGGGGACAGCCAGCCUCUCUGGCCAGGAGGAGAGGGGGAGGGGGAGGGAGAGGGCUGCUUCUGGCCUGGUGAUCCUCGAUGGCUCAGCCCUGGCUUCAGAACCUGUGUGGUGUUUGGGCGUCGCCAGCGACAACCAGACCCGUUACCACAUCAACCGUACGGUGGAGGGCAGCGUGGCGUCCACAGUGCUGCAGGGCCUGCUGCCGGGGGUGCUGUACGAGGUGGUGGUGGCUGCUGUCACCAGCGCCGGCAUGGGCACACACAGUCCUGCAGUCUCCGUCCUCAUCAAGCUCCCGGCGGAGCACCCCCAGGCGUCGGGGGAGGAGGAGGGGGGAGGAGGGGGAGAUGAGAGUGUGAGUCUGUCUGAGCAGAUCACAGACGUGGUGAAGCAGCCUGCGUUCAUCGCUGGGCUGGGAGGAGCGUGCUGGGCCAUCCUGAUGGGCUUCAGCGUGUGGAUCUACUGCCGCCGCAAGAAGAGGAAGGAGCUCAGCCACUACACAGCCUCCUUCAACUACACCCCCGCAGUUGGUUUUCCACAUGUAGAGACAUCCGGACUCAAUGGAAGGCCGGGCGUGUUGGGCGGCUCCAUGGGGAACUAUCCCUGGCUGGCCGACUCCUGGCCCACCACCAACCUGGUGCAUUCUGGGAAGGAGACCAGCUGCUGCACAGCCAAGCACGACACGGCAGAGAGAUACUACAACGAGGUGGGCAUCUCUAACUACCUGAGCCAGACUGAGAGGUUCAGCACAGGGGAGUCUGCAGAGGGCCCCAUCUACAGCACCAUCGACCCAACCAGCUUCACCAGCCCCUACUCCCCUCACACCACACCCUACGCCAGCACCCCCAUCCUGCCCCCCACUCCCCAGGCCCCCCACAGCCCCGACCAGGAGGGGGGCCACUGGGCCACCCAACCGGGGCCUUCGGGAGCCCAGUACGCCCUGCCAGAGCGCUGCCGACCAGAGAGCGCAGGCAGGGCCAAGCAGAAGUCUCUGGGCCUGGCUGUGAAGACGCCCUCUCUGAGCUGGGCUGAGGCCCCGCUGCCCUCCCCUGAGGACCCUAACCCUAACCAGCAGGAGGAAGAGGAGGACAUGGAGCUGGGGUCUGAUGAGGGGGAGUGGUGCCCCCCCCUCCCUGAGAGGACCUACCUGCUGGAGGGCUGUGAGGACGCCUCUCUCCCCAGGGGGGGCUCCUCCUCCCCCGCCCCCUCCUACAGCCUCCAGUCCACCGCCUCGCUCACGCCCUCCCCCCGCGACGAGCCCCACCUCCCCCAUGACCCCCCCCAAGAACACCCCCACCUCUCCAGGAGGUUGCCGUGUGGCCCGGUUGCUGUGCCGCGGGCCCCCAGCCCCCCCCUCUCCCAGUCCCACCCUGACCUAUCUGCCUCGGACACGCCCCCUCGUCAUGGCUCCGCCCACCGUAGGGACCUCAGCCAGGGGGCACUGAGCUCAGACAACAUCAGCUGCACAGGCCGAGCACGCGCCUUCCCAGAAGACACCACACACACUCCGCCCGGACAGAAAGCUCGCGUGAAAAAGAAGGCUUCUAAGAGUGGCAGUUACAGGAGGGAUCUACAAGGAGACCUCCCGCCCCCCCCAGAGCCCCCCCCUGAGGCCCAGGCAGGGGGGGCCGGGGGGCCCCUGGCCUCCCUGGAGAGGAGAGAACACAGCCUCCUCAGGAAGGGACAGAGAGACCAGGAGGAGGAGGAGGUGUGUGGGAGGGCCACCCAGGGGGGCCGGGGCCCCGCCUCCAGCUGCUCCAACACAGGAAGCUGCUCGUCCAAGGGCUCCAGCGGCUCCCGGGGGCCCAGGAGACGAACCCAGGACAUGAGAUAAGGGGAGACAAAAGAUGUUUUGUAGAUACAAACACCUUCGCCACUUGAUUCUCCUUCAAUGCCUGUCGCUCUCUGUCGCUCUGCCUCUGAGGCUAGAAGAGGAGAGAGUUUCAGGAGGAAUAUUUACCUGCAGCAAGCGAAGCGGCAAGCCUUUCUCUUCUUUUUGAUAUUAUUGCGAUUAUUUAUGACUCAUCCCAAACCUCAUGUGUACAUAUCCAUCUCCGUGCUGUUUCUACGUGGGUUCUGCAUACAAGGAAAGAAAAGUAUAUUGUAUUUAUAAAAGAAGAAAAAAACACAA